CCUAAAACCUUUACUACCGUCAAAAGAUCAUCUUCGUACCGGGAAGGUAUCUGGGAGGGUACAUACAGGAUAUACGCUAUACGGCUUAUACAGGAUCUAUCACCACGACCUACUAGGGAUUUCUGGUACUUGGCCUCUUGCCAUUGGAGUCCCUGAAGACUGUUUGAACACUUUUGAACGCUUCGGAGACGCUUUGAAUACGCUGAAGACGCUGUGAAGAAUAGCCUCGUACAUUAACUGGAUCUUUGGCUCAUCUAUAGGCGGCGUGUGUUCUGAAGGAAGGAAAGGAAGGGAAAGAACAGAACAGAACAGGGAAACUUGGGAAAUAUUGGGCACUUGGACAAGGAAGAACGAACGGACAAGGGUCUAAACCGUUGAACGGAUUUAACGGAGAGAUACAACGGAGAGGGUCAUAGAGAGCCGGAAUUCUAGCUUGUUCACCGUCGAAUUGGAAUCGAAAAUCUUGCAUCUAUGUAUCACGCAACUCAGCAGCCCCAACAAUAUAACAACACAGUCACCACCACUACGGGAUAUUUUUCUACUACGGCGACAGGGUAUUCUUCUGCAUCUGAUACAGAUACAUCGUAUGAUGACCACCACCAUACAUCCUCUUCACAUUUUAUCUCUCAUCAUCAAUACCUCCCUUCAUCAAGCCAAUACGCCUCAGACUCGGAACAUUCCGAGCAUUCCUCCCGCUCUUUCUCCUCCGAAGACCCAAACAACUACGCUUCCCGGUCUUCGCCUUCUUCAGCCGAUGACCCAUCUCCAACCGACUCCUCCAACUUGACCGACUUUCCGGCGUUGUUCUGCCGCGCAAAAUAUGAUUAUACCGCACAAGACGCUUCAGCGUUGUCGUUUGUUACCGGGGACAUCAUCGAGGUGCUGACGCAGCAGCCGUCGGGAUGGUGGGAUGGUUUGCUAGGCGAAGAGAGGGGAUGGUUCCCGAGUAAUUACGUGAUAGUGAUCAGUGAGGAGGAGGCUGAGAGGGAGUGGGAAGGAAGGGAGAUUAUGCAAGCGGGGGAUAAUCAGAUGCAAAUGCAGAUGACAGGCGGACAGGGACAGUCACACAGACAUACUCAAUCCACGUCUUCAGUGGUUGAUAUGGGUCAGGCGUUAAUGGGAGGAUCGUCGUCGUCAACGGACGAGUGGUUGGCUAAUACUAUAGCUGAAUCUAGAAGUAUGGGCAUAGACGACGAUCAAGGUCUCGGUGGUCCAAGUAGAGGAAGAGGAAGAGGAGGUGCAGAAAGCGACUUUUGGAUGCCCCAAGUUGCUAGUAACGGUCAAAUAUUCUACAUCAACACUAAAACAGGCGAACAAUCCAGAGAUCUACCACAAGAAGCCGAGGAUGAUAUAGAUUUGUCCAUGACAGACGACGCCCCGCUGGCUCUGGCUCAGUCUUCGUCGUCUUCUCGCGCCGGUCCAGGGGUUCUCGGGUACGCUACAAGUAGUGGUCCGUACACUGACCUCGACCCGUCGUCUGCACCCUACGCAAGUGGUAGCUCUAAUUCCCAAUUCCAAUCCCAACCAGGCUUUGGACUCCCCCGACGCACAGACACCCCUGAGCCCUGGAUCCGCCGUCUCGCAGAUGAUGGGUUAUCGUAUUAUUACCUGAACCAGGUCGAUGGGAGAGUUCAAUGGACGAGACCGGAGUCUUUGACCUCCCGCGGUUCAGGAUUACCGGAGACGCCGACGACGGCUGUCCCGUUACCUUUACAUGGGAGAGCGAGGUCGGAUAGUGUGAAUAACUUGACCGGUGGUGGGCAUGGUGUGUACAGUGACUCGAGCGAUGUGGAUGUAUCCCUUGCCGAUGAGGUGGAUGAUGCGAAAGGGAAAGGGAAACAGAGAUUGAGAGGCCAUGCACAUUCUGGGUCUAUCACUACUAUUGGAACCACAGGAACUACAGAGACAGCUAUAGCUUCUGGAUCUGGACAUUCCCAUUUAACCACGUCUUCUGGAGGUACUUUCACGGGUACACUAGCCAAUUCCAACGCUCAUAAUCUCCCACUCUCUUCAACCCAUUCCCCUAAUUUCUCUCAAGGACCCGAUCCUUCUCACAAACAACUGACACCGGAUUCUUCUUUUCUACGGCAUCAACCAACUUCAAUUUCAGAGUCCUCCGACUCCCAACAAGCUCUCCUCCUCGCUGCUCAGCUCCAAUCGGCGUUAUACCCACCUCCGCCAGAAGACCCGCUAGACAUGGUGCAUCGCGCGAGGGACGCUGUCGAGCGUGUAAUUGUCAGGUUGAAUUUAGGGGGGCUGGGGAUCUUGGGUGAAACGAGUCCGAACCAAGGAACCAGCACAGGUUCAAUGGGAGGCGGAAGAGAAGAGAAUGCAUCUGCGAUGGCGGAUCUGGAUACGCUUAUUGAGGAUGUGGUUGCAAGUGUGAGGGGAUUGUUGUAUGUCUGUGGUGCCGGACCGAGCACAACGGGUGGGAGUGUGGGUGGGUCAAGAGAAAAUGGGGUUAUUACAGCUGGAGGAGGAGGAGGAGGAUUGGAAGCACUGGUUCCGAAAAUCAUGGUUGGAAUAACCCCUACCGUUGCCUUUACCUCUAUCUCUGCUUCCGCCGCCUCCCCUUCCGAGUCCUCCCCCUUACGCCUCCACACUCGCACCGACUCCCGUUCUCAAUCCAACCCGUUAAAACCCUCCCAGCGCAAGUUAACAGCGACCCUCUCGAGGUUGGUGUUGUCUGCGCGAGCGAUAAGGUACGAUUCCGCAAACGCCAGUCCGGAAAGCACGAUUGAGCGCAUCCGGGGAGACGCAAUGGAGCUUGGACGAGCGAUCGGUGCGUUUGGAGUGGAGGUGCAGAAGGUGUUGGCUAAGUUGGAUAGGUUAAAUGAGGACGAAUUAUACCAACGACAGAUCAGCUUGAAUCUCACUUCCAACAUUGACCUCGCCCCAAUGCUCCUCAAACUGAACCUAAACUCGACCCUGCUUUCCCUCGGCAAAAAACGCCUCACAGCUGCAUUCGAACCAACAAAUUUAGGGUUGGGGAUGCCGGGUUCUGGGAGGGCAGGGAGUUGGACCGGGUUUGGGUUCGUUGCGGAGGACGACCUAGAUGAAUAUGAGGACCAGGAUAUUGAGAGUGAAGUUGCGGAAAGAAAGAAGGUCAACGGAAAUUCGAAGAAAGCGAAUGGUGUUGGUGGAAGUAACGCUACCGAUACUGACCUUUCGGAUUUCUCAGAGUUCUCGGAACGCGAAAGCGAAGGAGAAGGGUCGGAGGUUUCAGAGUUCUCGGAAGUCGAUUCGGGAGUGGAUAUCGAGUUUGGUGACUCGUCGAAUUCUGAUGCGUCUUCGGUGGUGGUAAGACGUAGUAGACCUAGGAGAGCGCCGAGAGGAGGUAGAGGGAAGAAGAGGAAACGGUCACCUGGCCAUGGUUCUGGUGUCGGUGUCGGUUCACAUUCUUCGAACCAAGCACCCGAAGUAAAUUUGCAGUCAAACCAGAACAACCCAAAUUCGUCCCAUCCAACAAAAUCCGGCAAUCACUCAUCGUCACACUUAGCGAAAAAGAAAAAUAUGCCGACGAGACCUCCCAUGAAGCCUCUCUCACCAGACCUCGUUUCGGAUAUCGCAGCUUCUGUAACGAGGUUGGAUGCGUUCCUUGGGGUAUUGGAUAUCGCUGUUGUUCAACAACAACAACACUCCCCUGCUGAAAGGAACAAUACGAACGCGACCGACCAGCAGUACGAAUACAUCCAGCGGGCACAGCGAAUUCACCAAGUUCAAAGAUUCGCGAAAGACGUAAUAGGACAGGUCCAGACUGUGCUUGAGUUGGUAGAUGAUGUGGAUGUAGCUGAGAGUGUGGUUUUGGAUACACCGAUACCGCAUGAUACGACCUUAUCACAGUCGGUGGACGGGCCGCUGAACAGCUUGGCAGAAGAGAAGAAGAAGGUGGUGAUAUCGAAUUCGAAUGGAGAGGGUUCGAAAGAUGAAAGAGAGGGAGGUCGUACAGCCCUCUCCUCACAUCAUUCCUCCCAUUCGUUGAGCACGGUCGAAACUACGGAAACGGUGGAUACAGUGGACACCCGAAUGUCGUCUGUCUUCACUCAUGGGACUGGGUCAUCGUUCAACGGGUUCUCGUCUUCUUCACAUACAUCACAUACCUCGCAUUCACAGAAUUCCACACCGAUACUUGAUGAUAACUCGCAUUCUUCUUUUAUCUCGAAACAUUCACCUUCCUUCGCGCGUACCCAAGAUGUAUCAUUUACCCCCCGCACAGACUUGUCGCAAACGCUCCCUACGGCCCGUGCGCUCCUGCGCAUGCUCGAAGCGGGUGUGCAAGCUCUAUACGACGACGCUGCGGCGCUUUGGGGACAUGUGCAGGUUCUGAGAGUCGAGGGGAGUGAUUACCCUUAUUCACAUUCAUCAUCCUCGUCAUCCAAUAUCAACUCUUCUUCGGAAUUCCUCUCCUCGUCCUAUCAUUCAUCUGAUGGUUCAUUUUCAAAUCAAACCGACCCCGCGAUGAUCCUUUCCGUGGUAAACGUCCUUUCCACCGCUAUCAAAGCCAACGCUGCCGUGGUGUUGCAGAUACUUGAUAAACUUCUGGCGCUUGGAGUUGAGCAGAGGACGAUUGUGGAGGGGGUGUUGGAGGAAGAAGAUUCGGCGACGUCAUCUGUGGGAGUUGCGGGAGGCGAUAUGAUGAAUACAAGGGGCACGAAUGGUGUACGGAGAUGGGAGGAGAGUGUCCGGUGGAGUAAGAGAGUUAGCAGGGAUGUGGAUAGAGAUGUUAGCAAGAGAAUGAGCCAUCAGAGGAGCAGUAUGGUUAGAGUGAGACCGGCGUCGAUAUUGCCUGCCUCCGUCGGACCAGAUGCGCAAGGAGGAGGAGGAUACGGUGGUGGUGUUCCGACAGCAUUACAGCCUGGGUAUAAUAUGCUCAGAUAUGGCGGAUAUGAAGGGCAAACUCACGAAGUUUAUGAUGAAUAUGGACGUGGUUCCUCGUCUCUUCCGGUCUCCCAGAUGGUAGGAGGAGGAGUCACGGCGCCAGGCAUCGUUGGGUCUGAUGGCGACGACGAACUGGGUUUGGAAGAUGCAUUUUUGAGACCGCAAAGGCCUAUACGGUUGGAGCCGAUUAGGUUUCAGGGUCCUCAGAGUCCGGAUGCGUAUGGCGUUCCGGCUUCGCAGAUCAUUCAGAGUGGGCAGGGUAAACUUCAAGCCUCGGGCUCGUCUGCGUCGUUGAGUCAGCUCGGACAGUCGACGGAUUAUCCUUCGUACUCUGGUCAAUUUGGGAUGGGUCAACAGGGAAUACCACCGAUGCCAGGAAGUAUAUUGAGGAACGCUAGUGCGCCUAUGGUCACCACUCUCACCAGUCUCAAUCAGCCUCAAUACCAGAAUCAAGCUCAAUACAACCAGGCUCAGUAUCAAACGCAGUACCAGAAUCAAGCUCAAGUUCAGUACAAUCAAAUUCCUAAGGUGCGGACCACGGGGAGUGUGGGUGCUCAGAAUGUACAAGGGUUCUCUGAGCGGAACCAGUAUGGUCAAUAUCCAUCGGAUUUUGAGCCUGGUUAUGGUGCGAUCGGUUCGAGUGCGAAUGCUAGUGAGGGUGAAGAUACUUUGUCCGGUGGGUUCGAUGAUUUCGACGAAGACGACGAAGACGAGGAUGAUGUGCUUGUAAGAGGUUCGGAUGAUCCACUAACACCCAAAAUCAAGGGUUCCGGCCCUCCCACCCCUGCUAAACCAAAUAAGAUAUCGAAUAAAAUAUCAAGCAAGGCAGCCAAAAUCCUCGGUGAAGAAGCACCGCCGUGGUUCCUCCUCCCGGACGAAGGCAAAGGUCCGCAGGAGACGGGGUUGGUGGUAGAUCCGGAGGAUAAGAGUGUCAAGGGAGGAUCGGUAAAGGCGCUUGUAGAAAGGUUGACGGCGCACGAUACAACUGACCCGAAUUACUCGAAAGCAUUCCUCAUGACGUUCAAAUCCUUCACGACCCUCAAUGAUCUGUUUGACCUCCUUGUCGAACGAUUUAGGAUACAGCCUCCCUCUGGUCUCGCCACGUUGCAGUUGAGGCAGUGGACGAGUAGAAAGAGGAAUAUCGUUCAGUUUCGCGUAAUCAACACAUUCAAAUCAAUGCUCACCGAUGAAGACAUCCUCGAAAAAGAUGAUUUAUACAUCCUCGCUCGAAUGAAAGAGUUCGUGCUGUCGGAGGACGUAGCUCAAGUUAGCGCAUCGCGGUCGUUGUUGGCGUUGAUUGAGAGGGUGCAAAAAUCUGGUGAAACCAAGCGGAUCGUCGUCAAAGCUGCGCAAACGGCUCCUGCACCCCUUUUACCAAAAGGUUUUUCCUCGAUCUCCUCAAACCUAUCGAGUAUGGCAAAUAUGGGCUCUUCUUCUGCGGCCAAAAGGCUUAAACUCACCGAUAUAGAACCACUCGAACUUGCUCGACAACUGACGUUGCUCGAAUCCGCAUUAUAUCAAAAGAUCCGCCCGAUGGAGUGUCUGCAGCGUGCUAGAGAAGGCGUCGGCGCUAAGGAUAAAGACGGUGGAUCCGGAAGUGGGAUGGAUAAUAUUGCGUACGUGAUCCAGACGAGCAAUAGAAUUGCAGAUUGGGUGGCAGAGAGUGUUUUGAGUAAAGAGGACUCCAGGAAGCGAGCUGCUACGGUUAAGCAUUUAAUAUUGGUUGCUGAUCGCUGUCGAACUUUGAACAAUUUCUCCACCAUGAUCGCCAUUGUCUCCGGCCUCAAUACGCCCCCGAUACGUCGUCUCAAACGCACUUGGGAACUAGUCUCUCAACGACACAUGGCGCAAUUUGGGGCUUGUGAGGUGACGUUGGAUAGUAAUCGAAAUUUCAAUAAGUAUAGGUCGAUGUUGGCCUCCGUAGUACCUCCUUGCGUACCAUUCAUUGGCGUUUUUCUCUCUACCCUCCAAUUUAUUCAAGACGGGAACAAAGACCUCCUCUCCGACGGCGUAGUCAACUUCAAGAAGCGCCAGAUGGCGUCCGAAGUUAUAUCCGAUAUCAAGCGCUGGCAAGCGCAUACGUACAAUCUCCAAGUCGUGCCUGCGAUUAGGGACUAUAUUGAGGAGUGCUUGAGCGCGUAUGAUGAGACGGAUACGAGGAUGAGCAGCGAUCGAUUCUGGCAGAUGAGUUUGGAAAGGGAACCGAGAGAGAGGGAAGAUGAGAAGAUGGCGAGGUUGCUGCAGGAGAGUGGAUUUUUGUGAGUUUAGUAUAAGGAUCAGGAUUGGCGUCGACGGAUGCGAAAGUGGCUGUCAUAACUGUGCUGUGCAAUAUGCUCUCUAUUAUUUCUUUUUGUUGAUUUUCCGUCUUUUGCUGUCGCACUUCUUGGUUUUUUCUUCCCUAUCCGUCUACUCUGGAACUUCUUUCCUUGCUUGUUUUCUCCCAUAGCCUUCUUUUCUACUUUUGCGUUGCUGGGACGGUUUUCGACUUUUUUUUUUUGUUCUGCUCAUUGUUAUAUCAUUCCUAGUAAUAUUUUUUGCGACACGAUGAAAGUAUACUCAUACUUAUAAUAAUCAAAUAUCCCCACCCCCUCCUAUAAGUAUGUACUGAUCUUGAAAUUGCUCUAUC